AUGGCUGAACUAGAUUUAACACAAACCCCUUGUGAUACGUGUGGACAAAUAUCCGCGGAGAAUGAGGGAAUGGUUGGCUGUGAAGGGUGCAAAAGCUGGCAUCAUUUUCGAUGCGUCGGAGUAACAGCAGCUGUAAGAAAAGAGAAGAAGUGGUUUUGUUCAGAGACCGCUUGCCAAGAAGCGGCGCAAGAGUUCCAGAAGAACAAGGAACCGAAGAAAACGGGUCGUUCGAAGAAGAACGCGGAUGAUUCUGAUCGGUCUAGCGUUAAGUCAGAUCGUUCAAACGUUCUCACCGUGGAGCAAAGAAUGCAGGCCAUGGAGGAAAAACAGAAGCAGAUGGAGCAAGAACUUCUAGCCGAAUGGGCAUUAAAGGAGAAGGAAAGAGCGUUCAAACGCUCUCUCGAGGAAAAGAGAAAUUUGCUCGAGAAACAGCUGCGUGAGAAGGAAGAAGAAGAUCAGAAAUAUCUUCAAAAGGAACGUCUACGGGAAAAACAAGAGCCAAUGAAAGGUCUCGACGAAGAGUUGGACGAAGUGAAAGGUGCAGUCGGUCAGCUCACCAAAGGGAACGUGAAGUUGCUCCCCAAGACUAACGAGUCGGAUGAUGACGAAGAUGAAGAAGAGCAGUCACAGAGUGAAGAUGAAAAGGUUACCGACAGCGAAUCCAGUAAUGAUCAGGGCGAAUCGGUUAGAAAAGAUAACUGCGAAUCGGUUAGAAAAGAUAACGUCAAAGAGCAGAAAAAAUCUGGGCCAACCAAAUCGCAGAUGGCUGCUAGGAAUGGAAUAACACGAAAACUCCCCACGUUUACCGGCGCACCGGAAGAAUGGCCGUUGUUCUAUGGAGCUUAUCAAGCAUCGAAUGAAGCAUGCGGGUUUUCCGACGUCGAGAACUUGGUUCGUUUGCAGGAAAACUUAAAAGGUCCAGCUCUUGAGUUAGUUCGUGGACAGUUGCUGCUUCCGAAAUCAGUUCCGAGAGUUAUUGCAAAACUCCGUCAACUGUAUGGUCGACCAGAACAGUUGCUCCAAAGUCACUUGGAGAAAGUUCGCAGAUUGGAAUCACCCAAAGCUGAAAAAUUGGCCAGCUAUAUACCCUUUGGCAAUGUGGUGGAACAGCUGUGCGAACACAUUGAAGCGGCGGACCUUUCACAACACUUGAUAAAUCCGCUACUCAUCCAAGAUUUAGUUGACAAGCUUCCAGAUGUCGACAAACGCGAGUGGGUCCGUUUCAAACGCAGUAAAAAGGAAGUUACUCUGAGGACAUUCACUGAUUUCCUUGCAGAAAUUGUUGCGGACGCCUGCGAAGCAAACGUCGACGUGCAAUAUAAAGCGAAAUCGCCUACUAGUCACUCUGUGAGAGGAAAGCUGAGGGAAGGCGGAGCGCUAUUCAAUCACAGUGUUGUGGAUACUUUGGGCUCGAGCAUAUUCGAUCAGAGACAGCCUAAAGCUUGCAAGGUGUGUCAGCGUACUGAUCACCGCCUACGAUUCUGCCAAGAUUUCAAGAAUUUGGACUACCCUGACCGACUAAAAGUCGUCAUACGCUGGAAGCUGUGCAAUGUUUGCCUCAACGAGCAUGGUGGUACACAAUGCAAAUUUAAAAUACGCUGCAAUGUUGGGGAAUGCAGAGAAUCUCACAACCCGUUGCUGCAUCCGACGGAAGAUGUCGUCGGUACGAGCGCACAUAUUCAUGCCAGUAAUCCGGUAUUGUUCCGAAUGAUUCCAGUGAAGCUGCACUACGGUGAUAAGUCAGUAACUUUACAAGCAUUUCUGGAUGAAGGUGCCUCUGUUACCUUGAUGGAGAAGCAGUUGGCGGAUCGGUUAGGUGUCGUUGGUGUCCAAGAAAAACUAAUCAUAAAGUGGACAGCUGAUGUUACACGAAUCGAAAGGGAUUCACGUCGAUUAAAUUUAUGGGCAUCAGCAGUAGGAUCAGGUGAAAAGAUGUUGUUGAAAACAGUUCGCACAAUUGAUAAACUCAUGCUACCACAACAGUCUUUGAAUGGGGAGGAAUUAUCGGAGCAGUAUAUGCACAUGCGCGGCGUGCCGAUAUCAUCGUACGACGGCCGUCCAGAAAUGCUCAUCGGGCUAAAUAACAUCCAUUCUUUUGCCCCAACGGAAGUUAGAGUAGGCGAAACAGUAGAACCCAUAGCAGUUCGAUGCAAGCUAGGAUGGACGGUCUAUGGUCCGAAGCCAACAGCUGCUCAGUGGGAGAAUGGUUACCUGGGGUACCACCAGGAUGUCACUAACGAAGACCUGCAUGACUUGUUGAAAAGCCAUUACGCUCUGGAAGAGUCGGUGGUGACAGUCCCACAAGAAUCAGUGGAGGAGAAGAGAGCACGAGAAAUUCUAGAGCGCACCACUCAUCGAGUUGGCAACCGUUUCGAAACCGGUCUUCUGUGGAAAACAGAUGAUCCGCGUUUCCCGGAAAGCUUCCCCAUGGCAUUGCGAAGGCUUAAACAGUUGGAGAAAAGGCUGGAAAAGAACCCUGAGCUAUUCAAUAUAGUUUGCCAACAAAUAGAAGAAUAUCAAGAAAAAGGAUAUGCUCAUCUAGCUACUUGCGACGAAUUAUUGAAAACGGAGCCUGAUAAAACUUGGUAUCUUCCAAUAAACGUCGUCUUGAAUCCCAAGAAACCAGGGAAAGUGCGUCUGGUGUGGGACGCUGCCGCCUCUGUUCGAGGGAUUUCGCUAAACUCGCACCUACUAAAGGGGCCGGAUAUGCUAAUCCCACUAGUAGCGGUUAUUGUUGGAUUCAGAGAGUAUAGAAUAGCUCUCGGUGGAGAUCUUCGUGAAAUGCAUCACCAGCUGAAAAUACUUGACGCAGACAAACAAGCUCAAAGAUUUCUUUUCCGAAAGAACGCCAUGGAACCACCAAGCAUAUUCGUCAUGGACGUCGCAACAUUCGGGUCAACGAGCUCACCGUGCUCGGCUCAGUUUGUGAAAAACCGGAACGCAGCAGAGUAUUCAUCCCAAUAUCCGGAAGCAGCAGCGGCGAUCAUCAAUCGACACUAUGUCGAUGAUUACUUUGACAGCGUCGAUACCGUCGAAGAUGCCAUUCGACGUGCAAAGGAGGUGAGCUUUGUACAUUCUAAAGCGGGUUUCGAAAUACGAAACUGGGUUUCGAACUCAUCUGAAGUACUUCGUGGUCUUGGAGAAAAAAACCCAGCUAGAGAAAUCCAUUUCAAUGAGAACAAAGAAACCGCGAAUGAACGUGUCUUGGGAAUUAUUUGGAACCCAGCACAAGACGAAUUUUCCUUUUCUACUCAGCACGGCGAAGAACUCAAACCGUAUUUCCAAGAAGGGAAAAGGCCGACAAAAAGAAUCGUUUUGAGCAGUGUUAUGGGAUUCUUUGAUCCAUUCGGGCUAUUAUCACCCUUCACGAUCCACGGUAAGAUAAUAAUCCAGCAUUUGUGGCGUUCCGGUUGCAAAUGGGAUGACGAAAUUGGCGAUGAAGGCUGGCUAAUGUGGAAGCGCUGGAUUUGUCUACUUCCGGACGUUGAAAAAAUUCGCAUUCCUCGUUGUUAUCUCGGAGAUGCAAUGUCUUCGUUAGUCAAGUCGCUGGAGGUUCACAUUUUCACGGAUGCGAGUGAACACGCCUACGGCUACGUUGCAUAUUUGCGAGCUGACAUUGGCGGAACAAUUAGGUGUACUUUGAUCAUGUCGCGUUCGAAAGUAGCUCCUUUGAAACGCCAGUCCAUCCCCCGUCUCGAAUUGAUGGCUGCUGUUCUUGGAGCCCGUAUGAAGCAAACGAUUCUUACAACACACACCCUGAGCAUUAACCGUUGUGUGCUGUGGACUGAUUCUCGUACCGUAUGUAGCUGGAUACAGACUGAUCAACACAAGUACAAGCAAUUUGUGGCUUUCCGUGUUGGGGACAUUUUAGAAGCGACCAAAGUCACAGACUGGCGAUGGCUUCCAUCGAAGUUGAACAUGGCUGAUGUCUUGACGAAGCGGGGCAGUGGCCCACCACUAGAUAGUAAUGGAGCGUGGUUUAAUGGUAAUUCGUUAUUGUAUCAACAUGAAGACCAGUGGCCAACGCAAGAAACUCAUAUUGAAGAAACCGACGAGGAGGCGAGAGGUAUUGUAUUGCUCCAUCACUUCAUCGACGUUCAAACAACCUCUCGGUGGACAAAGCUGAUCAGGGUGACAGCAAACGUUAUGCGCUUCAUUGACAACUGCAGACGCAAGAAGAAAGGGUUGCCAAUACGAGUUACAAGAGCAACGGAGAACCAGCGGAGGUUGAUUAAAACUCAGCUUCUGCAGUGCAACAGCCGUUUCAAAGGGAGGAACUGCAAUCAGCGGAAACCAUCAUUUGGAAACAGGUGCAAUUCGAAUGUUUUCCGGACGAAAUGA